GGGAUUCCCCGUGACGCAGCGCUGAUCGCUCUUCGCCAUUUUGGUAAUUGGCCGCGUACUCUACAAACUCUUCUUUCUAAUCUAUUCCAAACUCUGACAGUUCACUGGUGGUCAUUGUUAUCAUCAUCAUGGAGACAUCCAAAUGCUGAGAUGUUGAUCAAGUGAUCAGAAUCAGUCGUUAACUUAAACAACAAGAUCUACUGGCAUGACUGGAUCUAAUCGAGUUCUGAAUUGGACAUCUUUCGCCAAGUUCAUCACGAAUCACGUCAGGUUGAUGUUGGCCUACGACUGGGCCUGGCCCUGGGAAGAAUGAUCAGAUAUACUGCAGCUGCAGGUCAUGAAGCAGAAUUUGUGUGGGUAGACCUAUUGAAUGAGAAUGGAAAUGGAAAAGAAAGAUAGAAGUUCCAUCACCGAAGAAGAAUUUUUGAGAUUGGCCCAGCUCAUCCCACCGAGGUACUAUUCAGAUUUAGGGAUACAUUUGGGAAUCUCAUCUGCUGAACUUGAUCAUAUCAUUGUUCAACAUUCAUCGAAUUACAAGGAUGCAUUGAUGACAAUGUUCACUCGGUGGAGAGAUGAACAACAUCCAGAUGAAGAUAUCAGAGCUCUUCUUGCAGAAGGAUUAGAAAAGAGUGACUUAGGGGGAUUGUCCAAAGAACUUCUAGCUGGGAAUCUAAUCCAGAAAACAACAGAUGUCAAACAAACAACUGCAACAACUUCAAGAGCAUCAACUUCAACAGGAGCAGUAGACAUGUCAGCAUUACCACAUACCGUCAGUGAGGAAGAACUUUUGAUGUUGUCAAUGGAAAUUGGACCUACUUACUACAAGAGGAUUGGCGUUAACCUGAAUAUCUCGUUUGUGACUCUUGAUAAAAUAAAGAAAGACACACAAGAUACUACUGAUGCAUUGAUGACAGUAUUCACAAGAUGGAGGGAUAAACAGCUUCCAGACACAAACAUCAGGGUUCAUCUUGCAGUGGCUUUACGAAAGAGUGGUCUAGUGUUGCUGUCUCGGAAACUGAUUACUGGGAAUCUAUUAACAGAGCCGACAGUUGAGGGUACACCUGUGACAAUUCCAGUAUCAAAGACCAAACCACUUACUCCUGACCUGAUUAAGAGAUGUAAGGAUGAGCUCCAAGACAAGUAUAGGACUGAUUUCUGUAUGAUAAGAGCUGAUCCACUAGAUCCUGAUUCUAUUGUGCCAUUCGAAGAUAUGUACACAAGCCUUUUCUUUGAAGAAGAAAAACGAAAGAAUAGGAAUAAACUUGAGUAUAAGGAUCUCUUUAAUCUCAGAAUCAAUGGAGUGUUCCCCAAGCGGAUCAUGAUCCAAGGAGAGGCAGGGGCUGGAAAGACCACAUUCUUGGCUAAGAUUGCAUGGGACUGGAUAAACGAUAGUCCAGAUCUCUCAAAGUUUGUGUGGGUACUCAUUAUCCCUCUGCGUGAAGCGAAGCGAUACAAGAUUGGUCAGAUUGUUAAGUCAUAUCUCUCAAAGGACAACCCAGUAACAGCCUGUCAGAUCACAGAGUACAUCCGUUCAAAUCCAGAAAAGGUAUUCAUUGCCUGUGAUGGAUUAGAUGAGUUUAGUGGCAAGGUUGUACAGUACUCUGAAACCAAGCAAGGUUCAGAAGGUGCUCAGUCAGAGUCAAAUGAUCAAACUGACAGGAAAUCAGAAUCCCAAAUGAGCAAUAAGAGAGAGCAAAGUUUUGAUCAAGGCACAAACAGAAAAAAAUCAAGAUUAGAGGAGAGCAAACAACCACGGGUAAUGCAGCAUUUUCCUUCAGGUACAUCAAGAUCUGCUGAUCAAACCACAGUAGGAUCAGAAACAAGUCCAUCAAGUAUAUCUAUACACCAAAGAACUAAUCCCAAAUCCAGUGUAAAUUCUAUGGAGAGAGGUGAUAUCACUGUUGAAGAUAUUCUUUGCUCAGAUGAACUUCAUACUUGCCCAGUAAUGGUGACAAGCCGUCCAUGGAAGGCCAAUGAAAUAAGAUGGAAUGAUAGUUUAAGAAGACUAUACACAUUCAUCCACGUGGAAGGCUUUAGCAGGGAGAAUGCUAAGGUUUACAUUCGCAAUUACUUCAAAGACACUGAGGCUACAGCAGAUGAAUUCAUCCAAUUGUUUGAAAACAAUGAUAUCAUAUCAGAGAAUAUGGCGCCAUAUCCUAUCUACAUAUCUAUGCUCUGUCACAUGUGGAGAGAACUUGAUGACAACAAGAAAGAAGAGUUGAAGUCUUUUCAAACAUUCUCUGAAAUAUUCCGUGAAGUGUUUGAAUUCCUAAAGGUGCGUUAUGUUCAGAAAGAGAUCCCAGAUUUAAGUAGCCCAUUAUUUAAUACAUAUCGCUCUGAAAUUGAGAAACCCCUGCAACCAAUUGCCAAGGUUGCUUUUACAGGACUGCUAUCGAACAACCUUAUUUUCAAUGAAGAAGAUCUUGAACAGUACUCAGACUCUGUGGAAACAGCAUGCAAAGUAGGGGUGUUGUCACAGGAGAAUAAGCUCUCAUCCAUUCAUGAUAAGAGCAGUCGCUACCUUCAGUCAACAUUCUUCUUUCCUCAUAAACUAUUCCAGGAGUACAUGGCUGCAGUCUAUCUUGCUUCUCUCUAUGAUUCAGAUCGCACUGAAUUUAAGAGGCUGAUUGAGGAAGUAGUGAUCCCUAGCAAGGAAGAGUUUAGGUAUCUCCUGUACUUCACUGUGUCACAGGACAAAAACAUUGCCAAGUAUACCACAAAAUGUCUGUUCCAACAGUACACCCAAGGCCAAGAAGAUGAGUACAACUAUGGGCAACAUGAGGAGAUGAAUUUCUUGGUUGAUGUAGCUUUUGAGAGUCAAGAUGAAGAUACCAACGCCAUGCUUCGGAAUUCAGUGUCAUCUCUGUCCAUUAGGGUUGAAGACACACACACUAUAGCUGGUUAUGCAUUCACUAGGAUAUAUUCAAAGGCGAUCACAAUGCGUAUUGGUGAAUAUUAUAAUACAACUUCCUAUGGACCAGGUAUAUCAAAUGAGGUUGCAGUGAUGAUAUGCUCAGCACCAUCACUAAGGGAUGUUAAACUGAUUGGAAGAUUUCACCCUACCUUCUAUGAAACUCUUGCCAGAGAAGGAAGGACAGCCACAGUCCAUACUCUUGAGAUUGGGAAUGAUGAGCCUCUAUCAUCAGCCUCUUCACAUCACCUAGCAGGAGCUUUAUGCUCCCUACCUAACCUGACUAACCUGACACUGAGAGGAGUUUGUGACCAGGAGGAGUUCUAUUCUCAUCUGAAUGAGAAGGCUUCAACCUUGAAGGUCCAUACUCUUGAGAUUUGGAAUGAUAAGCCUCUAUCAUCAGCCUCUUCACAUCACCUAGCAGGAGCUUUAUGCUCCCUACCUAACCUGACUAACCUGACACUGAGAGGAGUUUGUGACCAGGAGGAGUUCUAUUCUCAUCUGAAUGAGAAGGCUUCAACCUUGAAGGGUUCAUUCCCUCAGAUCAGCAAAGGAAAUUUCAUAUUCAAUGAAAAGCCUCAGAAGGAUCUUCAAUCAUUCCUACAAGCAGUCAGUGACGAGAUAUGGUAGGUGAACUAAUAAACUUAUUAAGGUAAAGGUGACCUCUUCACUCAGGCUGAUACAACCUAGAUAUGAUCAAUGUAUUAACAGUUCUUAUACUGCUCAUUAAUUUGAUCAUUACAAUGGGCCAACUCAUUUAUAAACAUAUGACAUGAAAUAAUUGUACCUAAACAGGUCAUGAAAUGGCUUUGUAGAAAUGCUCCGGGCAUACAAUAAUUGUACCUAAACUGGUCGUGUAAAUGAAAU